AUGCCUCCUGAAAUUACUGAGAUUGCAUCGGGAGCCUUUCAAAGUGUAACAAAUUUGAAGAGAAUUACAUUGCCAGACACAGUUGAAACAAUUCGUGGAUUCAAACCUCCCUAUGGUCGUGCUUUUGCUUAUUCCGGAAUUGAACAAAUAGAUAUUUCAACAACUUCCAAAUUGAAAAUAAUUGAAUCCGAUGUUUUUCUAUCUUCAAAGCUGAGUUAUUUUUAUUUCCCAGAGUUUUGUACAUCAGUUUCAGCAUACGCAUUUGCUGGAUGUCCUAUAAUAGAGUUUUCUAUUCACCCAAAUAAUAAAAUGUUCAAAAUUGACAAGAAGAUUCUAUAUACAGGAGAAAACAAUGAAACUUUAUUUUGUGUCUCAGCUCUCACUACAGGAACUUUUGUAAUUCCUUCUUUUGUAACAAUCAUUGGCGAAGCUGCAAUGAGAUGUGUUAAGGUUUCUAAAAUUAUAAUGAAUGACAAAGUGAAAACAUUAAAUUCUUGGUGCUUUGGAGAAACUUUGAUUACAGAAAUUAAUAUAUCAAAUAAUCCCAUCACAUAUAUUGGUGAUUCCAAUUUUAAUGGUUGUUCCCAACUCGAAACUGUUGUUCUUCCCAAAAGUUUACAAGGAUUAGGUAAUCAAGUAUUUUCUUCUUGUUCAAAAUUGAAAAACAUUGUGUUACCGGAAGGACUUAAAUCAAUGAGAGGAACUGUAUUUCAGAGCUGUGAUUCCCUAACAAAGAUUACACUCCCUUCAUCGCUUGUUUCAAUUGGUGAUGGCGUUUUCGCAUAUAUACCAAAUAUUGAAGUCACUUCAUUAAGUUCUGAAAUUGUUGUUUCUAACUCAGUUUUAUACAAGGAUAAAGGAGCUUCAAUCAUGGCAUUUCUAGGCUCAGGAAAUGGCGAAGAUUUUACUAUUCAAUCAUCUUGCACAUCGAUUGCCAAUAAAGCUUUUGCAUCCAAAAACAUUGGCAAAGUUUUGUUCAGCGGUAAUACGAAUUUAGUUAUUGGAGAACAAGCAUUCGAAAGUUCUACAAUAAAAUCAAUUGAAUUACCACCAGGAUUGACAUCAAUCAGCCAAAAGGCGUUCCAAUUUUGUUAUUCAUUAACAAAAGUAGCAUUCCUUGGGAAUAGUCUAACAUCGAUUCCUGAUUAUUGUUUCAAUCAAAACACUCAGCUGAGAACAAUAACAUUACCAUCAUCUAUUGAAAUGAUCGGUAUUAGUUCUUUUAGAUACUGUACAAGUAUUGAAGAUAUUGGAUUGUCAAACUUAAAUAGUUUGCAAUCGAUUGGUUCACAAUCAUUCAGUUUCUCAGGACUUAAAACAGCUAAUCUUGGAAGAUCAGUCAUCUCUGUUGGAUUAUCUUCAUUCUAUAAAUCUAAGAUUUCUUCAUUGAGCAUUUCUUGUGAUAUUGAACAAGAACUAUGUUCAGGUUGUGAUUUAUUGAGUACAUUGAAUAUUGAAGAAGGUGUCACCGUCAUCAAACAAUAUUCAUUCUACGAAUGCAGAUCAUUGUCUAUCUUUACCAUUCCGAAAACACUUCAAACAAUCUCUGCAUUUGCUUUCCAGUCUUGUGAUAGUUUGACAGAAAUCACCCUUUCUCUGAACUGCAAUCUGAACACCGUUGUUGGAGGCCUACUUGAUUGA